ACACCAAUCUUGCGCACUGUCUGGCGGUCCCGAUCAUCUCUAUAAAAUCCAGAUUUUCAGGACUCUUAGCUCAGAAACUAAAACAAAUUAACCCACAAAUACGGCUGGCUAGUUGAGCUUCUUAAUCAAGUUAAGCAUGCCUACCAUUGGCGGUUCCAAAGCGGUCUGGCGACGAUGCCUGGCCUCAGCAUUCCGAACCGCCAUAGCCUGCACCAUCGUCGGUUGCAUCACCCUCUUCGGUCCUUCCUCAAUCCAACGGACAAUCGCCUUCCCUGCAUUCUCCUACGUCACUGUUAUUCUCAUCGUCAACGACGCCACUUUGGGUGACACCUUACGUGGCUGCUGGCUCGCGCUCUACGCCACCAUCCAGAGUAUAGGGCCUGCUAUAUUGAGCUUGUGGCUCAUAGGGCCGAACCGGUUGACGACGGGCACCACCUCCUUGGCGGUGGCCCUGGCCGCAUUUGUGGUCGUGGCUUUGCCGGCUGACUGGACUCAUUUGAUCGCUACGCGCAUAGCACUGGGUGAGAUAGUGAUUGUGUACGUCAUGGCUUAUGUUCAUGGCGCCCACACCGAUCCUGUCAUGCACCCUCUCCGACUUGCAGCUAGUUCCGCCAUUGGAGUCUUGGCCUGUGUUGUCGCAUUGCUCAUACCCUUCCCACGUCUUGCAUGUCGUGAGGUGAAACAGAACCACAAGCUGCUGGCUCAGAAUACCUUGGAGAGGCUGAAACUUCUUGUGAAGGCAGCAUGUGAAGGGGACAAGACUACAGCUGUCGUGUCAAUCUCUCGUGCCAAGUGUUUAGCAACAAACCGAACAGAGCUCCUUCAGAAUAUCACGCGUUACCAUGAGAGCAUGGAGUGGGAGAGGCCUCCAUUUUUGAGACCCCGUGACUUGAGCCAGAGAGAGAGGUUUGAAGAGAUAGAUACGACUUUGAGAGGGAUGGAAAUGGCGAUGAGAAACAUCAAUUCAUUUCCCGUUACAGUUCUUGAUAAGGAUCUUCAACAAGGCCUUAAUAGACUCGAGGAUCAUGUUAACUUAACCUUGAAAAAUGCUAAACACAACAUAAAUGGUUGUUCACUGACCGUUCCUGAACCCAACACAAAAGGUGCAACACACUUUAUCCAAUCCCUUCAAACCAUUCCAGCAGCCCACCGAGACUUGCCCAUCUUUUUCUUCUUAUUUUGCGCCAAACUUCUGCACAAAGAAUCAAUGGCCAAAUUUCCAACUUUGAGUGAAGAACAGAAAAAGGAAAAUCCCUCCGUGUCUAAAAAACAGUGGGCUAAUUGGGCCAUAACUGUAACAUUCCCAAAGCUGAUUCCAGCGUUUAAAUGUUCUCUCUCUCUGGGCCUCGCAGUGUUGUUGGGCUUAAUAUAUAGCAAAGAGAAUGGGAUCUGGUCUGGACUCCCUGUAGCCAUAAGCUUCGUAUCAACCAGGGAACCAACACUAGCAGUAGCAAAUGUUAAAGCCCAGGGAACUGUGAUAGGAACCGUGUAUGGAGUACUGGGUUGCUUCGUGUUCGAGAGAUUCUUGCCAAUAAGAUUCCUCUCUCUUCUUCCUUGGUUCAUUUUCACAAGUUUUCUUCAAGAAAGCCGAAUGUAUGGAAAAGGUGGUGGGAUUUCCGCAGUCAUUGGGGCCGUACUAGUAUUGGGGAGGAAAGAUUUUGGGCCGCCGAGUGAAUUUGCUUCGGCUAGAAUUAUGGAAACCUUCAUUGGGCUAUCUUGUGCUAUUCUGGUGGACCUUAUCUUCGUCCCCAAACGAGCUUCUUCGUGCGCGAAAAUUGAACUCGCUCGAAGUCUGGCCUCGCUUCAUGAUUCAUUUGGAUCGCAGAGUCUUAUGGGGAAAACCAGCUUGGAAGAUAACGUAAAGAAAUUGAGAGGGCAAGUUAACGAAUUGAAGAAGUUCGUUGCAGAAGCUGACCAGGAGCCUAACUUAUGGUUUACGCCUUUUAACAGUGCUUGUUACAAAAAGCUUUUGAAGUCGCUGUCAGAAUUGACGGAUCUCUUGCAUUUCGAAGCUCACGCAUUGAAGAUCCUCCAGCAUGAAUUCCAGAGAAAUGAAGCUUGCUGGAAAGAGACUGUAGAGGCUACGCUAGAACGCGACAUUGGAAACAUAAGGGAAGUAAUUUGUUCCUUGGUUAAAAGUUUUGAGGAAAUCUGUAAGAUCAAAUCGCUCAGAUUUCUUGAGAAAGAGCUUGAGAAGAAUAGCAUAAACUGUGAUCUCGAGUUGGGAAAGUCACCAAAAUCUAAAGUCCGAUUGGUCUCUGGUUUGGGCGAAGAUGACAUGGAAAAAGCCAUGGGGUCAUAUCUUCAACACUCGAGGAAUGCUGUUGAUACCAUAUAUGGGGGUGAAGAAGGUGAGGAGGAGCUGAAGAGUGAAGUUGUGCUGGGUUUGAGUGCUUUGGGGUUCUGUUUAAGUGCGUAUAUGCGGAAGACAAUGGAGAUUGAAGAUGCAGUUAAAGAGUUGGUCCAGUGGGAGAAUCCUUCAAGGGAGAUUAAUUUGCAUCACAUCUCUUAUAAAAUUCAUUCUGUACCCAAAUGACAAGUUCAGGUACAUAAUUGCAAUGCCA